GCUUGCUUUAACUUCCUUUUACAUCAUAAGCGAAACAAAUCUUGACUGGUUUAUGAACUCGGUAAAUACUCAAACAAAAUACAAGUAUGUACACUUGCUUCCUUUAUUGAUCGCAUGUUGAGCGACAUUUAUACAAAGGCAGAUAUAAUAAGACAUUGCAACUUUUCAAAAGUUUGAUCCUUUAAUUUCUAAGCUGACAAUAUGAACUUUGUAUUGUUGCUCGCGUGGAUUAUCAGUAUCGUUGAUUCAACAUCUCUUCCAUGUGGACCUGACGGAUUAUGUCAUUGUGAACAUAUAAAUGUUAUGGAUUGUUCCAAAACUAAUGAGUUACCAUUACGGAACGUAUGUGACUAUAUUGAUGACAGUAAAGGUGUCAAGAUUAAUAUUUUGCACCUGGAACAAAAUGGAUACAAAUAUAUUCGGACGGAAGACAUAAAAGGCUGUAAGUCAUUGAAAAGUCUGUAUCUAAGAGGAAACGAAAUAAGCUAUGUCGAAGACGUUUCUUUGAUAAAGUUUGAUAAUCUAAAAACGCUUGAUAUGAGCUAUAACCAGCUUGAUGUUUAUAAUAAAAGAGGGACACUAGCAUUUAAACUUCCGCAGUCUUUAAUAAAGCUUGUGCUUAACGGAAAUCUGAAUGUUUCGGACUCUGCCGGUGUUAUGUAUCCGAACCUUUCGAAUCUGACUAAUAUUGAACAGCUCAUUUUCGACGGACUGAAAGACACAAAUUUCCCUGUAUCUUACAGUGAAAUGCAAUCAUUACGUAGCGUAUCAUUGUCUGGGUUGGAUGGAAAUUGUAAUAUGCCUUACGUUUCAAAUGACACAUUUAAACACCUAACUCAUAUAAGGACAUUGAAUUUGUCGUCUUGUGAUAUAGAAAAUGUAACAGCUGGAGUGUUUGAAAAACUCAAGAAUUUAGAAGUUUUAGAUCUGUCUCACAACAUGAAUCUUGGAUUUCGUAAAGCAAUGAACAUUACAUACAGUUUACAAUUCACAAAAAUUAAAUCAUUGAAUUUUUCUAAACUUUAUCCAACAUUUGGACUUGGAACUCAGUUAAAGUUACAAGAUGUGUGUUAUCUUUGGAAUACGAACUUAACUGAGAUUGUUUUAAAUGAUAAUAGAAUUCAAUUAGUAGAGAGAAAUGCUUUAAUUUUGACGCCAAGCACUUUGAAAAUCUUACGUGUAGAAGGCAACACGUUUACUUUUGGGCAAUAUUUAUUUCAACUAGGGUGUUUUGCACAUUUAGAAGAAUGCUAUGGGAAUUUCCAAAAUCAUGCUCGUGAUCCUUACUUGUAUAUGGAAGAGCCUAAAAUAGAUGAGUCCGAAUUUGUGUCUACCAACUUGAAUUGUCCAUAUACUGCACCAGACGUAUUGAUUAACAUAAGUAAAAAGAAAAGAGUAUGUCCAUAUUUCAAGGACAAUAAUAUAAACAUGAACAAGACUUUGCCCACAUCUCCACCGGAAAUGAAAAGACUUGAAUUUUCAAAUUGUGGCAUGCAGUACAAUGUAACUAGUGUGUUAGUAAACCCAACUCCCUAUAAAAUGGAAUACCUCGAUGGCUCGGGUAACAUUUUUUACUCCUGGAUUGGGCCAUUUGGCCCAUUUCCAAAUGUUAAAUAUCUUAACUUAUCUCGCAAUUAUUGUACACACAUUGGACUAAAAUUCUUUGAUAGCUUUCGAAAUGUUGAAAAUCUUCAGAUUCAAGAGAACUUUCUAGGGUUAAUUCUCUCAGAUAAAUAUUACGGACCAGGUAUAUUUGAAAAGUUAUCGAAAGUGAAAGUUUUGAACUUAUCGUCAAACAUUAUUUCCUAUCUACAUCCAGCUGCAUUUUCAAACAUGGUACAUCUGACCACAUUAGACCUCAGUGUGAACAAUAUUGAGUCUUUAGCAAUUGACGUUGGUUCGUUGAAUAAUUUGAUACAUUUGAACUUAAAAUUUAACUUUAUCCACUCGGUCCCGUCUUAUCUUAGGGAGAAGCUGGAAUUAAAUUCAAAACGUCUCAACAAGAGCUUCACAAUUGACCUCAGUAACAACACCUUGUCAGUUAGUUGUAAUGAAAAGGAGUUUUUGGAAUGGAUGGUGAAACAUAGAAUGAACAUGCUAAAUUUCGAUCAUUACACUUUCUACAACAUGUCUGGUCAGCGCGUGGAUGCGGAACGAUUUGUGAAAGAUGUAAUUAAACUUUAUAUGGAUUGUGGUUCUUACAGUAUGAUUAUUGUAGCUUGCUCUAUAGGUAUAUCCAUAUUCCUGUCAGUUGUUAUUGGUGGUGUUGUAUACAGAAAUAGAUGGAACUUACGAUAUCUUAUGCGCAUGACUAAGAUCAAGCAUUUUGGUUAUAUCAGACUACAUCAAUACUUUAACGAACCAGAAAGGUUUAUGUAUGAUGCUUUUAUUUCAUAUGCAAACGAAGAUGUACGUUUAAUUCUUGACGUUAUGAUACCAAAACUAGAAGGACAAGGUUUAAAAUUGUGUUUACAUGAUAAAGACUUUUUACCAGGUAACAAUAUUGCUGACAAUAUUCUACAAGCCAUUGGGAAUAGCAGGAAGACCGUCGCUGUUAUAUCUCAGCAGUUUCUAAAAAGCAAUUGGUGUUUGUUUGAGUUCAAUAUGGCAAGAAUGGAAAGCAUUUACUCUCGUGGGGGUAAUAGUUGUCUUAUCAUUGUUAUAUUGGAAGACGUUCCAACAAGAAAUAUGUCGGAUGAAAUGUUGGACUGGAUGAGAACCAACACAUACAUAGAGUACACACAAGAGGCAAAUGGUGAACUACUGUUUUGGGACAAUUUCCUUCAAGUCUUAAAUGAAUGAAACAUUUAAUAGACUUUUCAACAUGAAAUGAAGUCGUCAAUAUAUGUAUACCAAUUGUUAACCUAUUCCAAAUUAGAAGCUUUUAGUUUCCUAUGAUACAAUUGAAUGCAUUGUAUUAUUAUACAUAUCUGUUGGUGAUUGCAAAUAUGUGCUGUGUGUGCGUGCAUGCGUUUCUCUGUAUUGCUGUUGUUAAAGCGAUUUUGCAUGGGUUUGUAAAUAACUGAUAUGAUCAUUAUUAUUAUUAUUAUUUAAUUAUUAUUAUUAUUAUUAUUAUUAUUAUUAUUAUUAUUAUUAUUAUUAUUAUUAUUAUUAUUAUUAUAUACCUUCAAUUACCAUAUAUCUACCAUGGAUUAAUACCAGUCCAUAGAAAUAUUCAAGCGUAGUUGAAAUAAGAAAAAUCUGUUAUUACACCCUUAAACGUUUUGAGAUAAACUCGGGCAUUUAUUUUCCAGAGAAAAUGCCUUUUAAAUUAUAAUGUUUAUAUAGUUAUGAUGAAACAGCCCAGAAUCCGUUACUUAUUUCAUCAUGGGGGAAGUAGAAAUGUGCUGAUGAAAAUAGUGACUAUUUUUCCAACAUUGUUUAGUCAUAUUUAAAACUAUUUUAAAAUACGGAAGCUUGCAAACUAUUCAUCAGUUUCAAGCCGGAUAUGCGUUCUUAAAAAUACGUGUUAGCUUUCCUACCUAUUGAAUAUUAAACGUAAGUACUAGUUAUAUCUGUUGUUUAUCAGUUGUUUUUUUGUGCUCCAGUUAUUAGACAACAAUUGCUUAGUCAUGCUCUGUAACGCUUUUUCAAUGACAUUGUUAAGUGAAAUGUGAAUGUUAUUCUAGGUUUAAACGUUGUUGGCGGCGUAGACGGAAAGUGUAUUUUGUGAAAGUUGCUUUUCUUCCUUGGUCUUUCUAAAAGAUUUUCAAAAAUAAGUAAAAAGUACAGUAUUUCUCCGUUUUUAAGUAUAACAAUGCGAUUCAUUUGUAUCGGCAAUAUGUAGAUUAAUCUAAAUCAGGUUAUUUUGUAAUGUUUAGAGGAAAGGCACUCGGACAACUUAUAUCAUAUCAAAGUUGUCUUAUAGAAAGAAUGCUAAGCAAUAUGACAGUUCGCUCAUCGAUUUUCUCUUGCUAUAGUUACUAUCAUAAAUUAAACAGAACAAGAACAUGUACACCAAAUUCUAUAAUUUGUCCGGGUUAAGCCUAUUUUUGGAUUUAGUUGGCAGGCCUAUAUUGAAACACCGUAGAUUCUUGCUGUUUUUGUUUGUUCAACUCUUAAAAUAUUGGAGGAAAUAAAAGUAUUCAUCUAAGUAUUUAUGCGUUAUCUUUAUAAAAAAAUGUGGAUCAAGUUGUAAAUUAACUUUAACAGGAAAUCUUCAUUUGGUUUUUACAAAUGCAUGUGGUUUAUUGUUGAUAACGAAUUGGUGACAAGUUCGUGUUAGAAUAAUUGUUAUGUGUCGAAUACCAUAGCGUGCAUCAACGGGAAAUGUAGAACAUAAACUGCACUUACAACAUGUUUUCU